UAACAAAAUUGGCAAAUUCACCCGUGCAAAAUUGCGGGGAGUAAAGUAAAAGCCAGAUAGGAUAAAAAAAAAAACUUAACAAAAAUAAUAAUAGCGCCUGUGUAAAAAAAGGAACAAAAGCUGACAUUAAAAUAAUAUUAAUAAUAUAGAGGUCUAUUAAAACAACGUACAAAACUAGAAAAAUCCCUAUCAACGUGCCAGUCUCUUCUCAUUCUCACCCGCUGGUCAACUUUGAGGGAGCUGCUUCUGAACUGAACUAAGAGCUAUGGACGGUAUCGAAAACCCGGAGUCGAAUGGUGAAUUUGCAUUUGAAACGGACCACGUCGCGCUGCGUGGAAAUAAGGACUACAAUGAUUUGUUGAAAUAUAUUGUUGAGCUCGAGUCCCAUAGAGUUGCCGCUUUAAAAGACAUAGAGGAGUUAACAGAAGCAAGAAACAAGGCGCUUCAGGAACCAUUAGAGUUUGUUCAAAAGCUACAGGCUGGCACAAUUCAGUUUCCGCCUCGGCAUCACAUCAGAGAGAUACCUACAAUAGACUGGGAUCAAUAUGGAGUAGACAGUGCUCAUGAUAUUGAUGAAUUUAAUAGCAACAUAAAACCAGAUAUUCCAGAAGCUGGAUUGAAAGUGCGUGGGCGGAAAUACACUGACAGCAAGCCGGAGACAUUCAAUCAGCUUUGGUCCUGCGAGGAGCAAAAAAGAUUGGAAGAACUUUUAGAAAUUUAUCCUGAAGAACCAAUAGAAGCAAGGCGGUACAAAAAGAUAGCCAAAGCACUUAGAACUCGUACUCCUAUCCAAGUAAUGAGUAGAGUGCAAAAGUAUUUUGCAAAAUUAGCCAAAGCCGGCUUGCCCAUACCGGGACGGAUACCCAAAGGUGUGGGGCGGGAUAAAUGUAAGUCAAUAUUUUACAAGAAAUCAAAUUUCUUCCCUCAGCUGCAUGUUCCAGUGAAAAUGGAAGACAUACAUGAUGUUGCUGAGACUCCAUACACAGCAACUACAGCCACAGCCACUGAGACGAAAGUCGGCAACAAACUCAUAGUGGAGUUGUUACGGGCGGCCAAACAACAGAGGGCACUUGAUUUAACUGCACCUGUGUACCAGAAGAAUACUAUGUGUGUUGGAUGCCACGCUAAAGGUUUCCUGGGUGCACGGUGGACUGACAAUGCCGGCACAGAUUACUGCACGGACUGUGUUGUAACGCACCUACCGACAGAACAAUUGACCCCAGUUCGGAUACCAUUGGAUUCCAAUACUGUCCAGUCAACAUCCAGUGUAUAAAUUGUGGCUUUUUAUAAUAUUGUCCUCGGUUACCGGGAUGGUUACUCAUGAAAUAAAACUAUGUAAACGGAUUAUAUCACGUAUAUUCAUCCCUACAUUUCGAAACCUUUACAGCGUUCAUGGUCAACGGGUGACUGAGGAAAAACUACAAAGUGCAAAAAUACCAACAUACUAAACAUAAUGAACCAUCAUAGACUAUAUUUUAAGGCUGGUUGUACAUGCAAAAUCGGUUCAUAAGGCUCGUUAUACAAUACAAAUAUUUUUCAAGUAAAGAUAUAUACAACAGUAUA